AUGGCUGGAGACGGGCGGAUCCGGGGCCGGGGAGACCUCCUCCGGCCGGAUCUUGCCGGAUCCGGCGCAGGGAGGCACGGGAACGGCGAGGAGACGCGGGGCCGGGGCAGGAGCUCGGGGUGGUCGGCGGAGGACGACGACGGCGAGGCGCGCCGGCGGUGUGGCGACGGGACGCCGGCGGCGGGGAUGGGACCCGGCGGCGGGGACGGCGGGGCCAGCGAGCGACGCCGGAGCUGGUGCGGGGCGGUGCGGGGCGCGCGAACGGUGGCGGGGAGGCGAGCAGGAGGCGGCGGGGCGCCGGACUCCGGCGACGGCGGGCCUGGGCGGCGGCGCGCUCGGGCGCUCGGGGGCGGAGGCGGGUUCGCGCGGGCCCGCGAUGGGCCCCGCUGGCCGCGGCGGUGGGCGGUGGCGGAGUGCCACGUGGCGCGUCGUGGUUGGCUGCGGGCGGCGGCGGGAUCUGUCCGGUCCGGGGGCGAGAGGGAGGUUUGCUAG